GUGAUUUCUAUUCACUACUUUCCAAGCUGCUAGGAGAAAGGGAAGAUGUUGUUCAUGUGCACAAGUAUAAUCCUACAGAAAAGGCAGAAUCAGAGUCAGACCUGGUAGCUGAGAUUGCAAAUGUAGUCCAAAAAAAGGAUCUUGGUCAGUCUGAUGCCAGAGAGGGUGCAGAACAUGAGGAGAGGGGCAAUGCUAUUCUUGUCAGAGACAGAAUUCACAAAUUUCACAGACUAGAAUCUACUUUGAGGCCAGCAGAGAGCAGAGUUUUCUCAUUACAGCAGCCCCUACCUGGUGAAGGUACCUGGGAACCAGAACACACAGGAGAUUUCCAUGUAGAAGAGGCACUGGAUUGGCCUGGAGUAUACUUGUUACCAGGCCAAGUUUCUGGAGUGGCUCUGGACCCUAAGAAUAACCUGGUGAUUUUCCACAGAGGUGACCAUGUCUGGGACGGAAACUCUUUUGACAGCAAGUUUAUUUAUCAGCAAAGAGGACUCGGACCAAUUGAAGAAGACACUAUUCUUGUUAUAGAUCCAAAUAAUGCUGCUGUACUCCAGUCCAGUGGAAAAAAUCUGUUUUACUUGCCACAUGGCUUGAGUGUAGAUAAAGAUGGAAAUUAUUGGGUCACAGAUGUGGCUCUCCACCAGGUGUUCAAACUGGAUUCAAACAGUAAAGGAGACCCUCUAUUAAUCCUGGGACGGAGUAUGCAACCGGGCAGUGACCAGAAUCACUUCUGUCAACCCACUGAUGUAGCUGUGGAUCCAGGCACUGGCGCCAUCUAUAUAUCAGAUGGUUACUGCAACAGUCGGAUUAUGCAGUUUUCACCAAGUGGAAAGUUCAUCACACAGUGGGGAGAAGAGUCUUCAGGGAGCAAUCCUAAACCAGGCCAAUUCAGUGUUCCUCACAGCUUGGCCCUUAUGCCUCAUUUAGACCAAUUGUGUGUGGCAGACAGAGAAAAUGGUCGGAUCCAGUGUUUUAAAACUGACACCAAAGAAUUUGUGAGAGAGAUUAAGCAUGAAUCAUUUGGAAGAAAUAUAUUUGCAAUUUCAUAUAUACCAGGCUUGCUCUUUGCAGUGAAUGGAAAGCCUUACUAUGGGAACCAACAACCUGUACAAGGAUUUGUGAUGAACUUUUCUAAUGGGGAAAUUAUUGAUGUCUUCAAGCCAGUGCGCAAGCACUUUGAUAUGCCUCACGAUAUCGUUGCAUCUGAAGAUGGGACUGUAUACAUUGGAGAUGCUCACACCAACACUGUGUGGAAGUUCACCUUGACUGAAAAAAUGGAACAUCGAUCAGUUAAGAAGGCUGGCAUUGAGGUUCAGGAAACCAAAGAAGCCGAGACAGUUGUUGAAACCAAAAUGGAGAACAAACCCACCUCCUCAGAAUUGCAGAAGAUGCAAGAGAAACAGAAACUGAUCAAAGAGCCAGGCUCGGGAGUGCCCGUUGUUCUCAUUACAACCCUUCUGGUUAUUCCGAUGGUUGUCCUGCUGGCCAUUGCCAUAUUUAUUCGGUGGAAAAAAUCAAGGGCCUUUGGAGCAGAUUCUGAACACAAACUUGAGGCAAGUUCAGGAAGAGUCCUGGGAAGAUUUAGAGGAAAGGGGAGUGGAGGCUUAAACCUUGGCAAUUUCUUUGCAAGCCGGAAGGGCUACAGUCGAAAAGGGUUUGACCGCCUUAGCACCGAGGGGAGUGACCAAGAGAAAGAUGAGGAAGACGGAAGUGAAUCCGAAGAGGAGUAUUCAGCACCUCUGCCCCCACCGGCACCUUCCUCCUGAAAACCAGGCAUUGAUUUAGGUUGAGGGAGAUUUAAGAAUGCCAGAUUCCUUUCCCUUUAGCACGUUUAAAGUUUUGUAUAUUUAAUUGUAAACUGUACUAGUCUGUGUGAGACUGUACCCAUUUUAUUUACUUUGUUUUGGUUAAGUUGGCUUCUGUUUCUAGUUGAGGAGUUUCCUAAAAGUUCAUAACAGUGUCAUUGUCUUUAUAUGAACAUGGAAUAGAGAAACAGCCCUCUUCUUCCAUCAUAGUACUAACCUAAUGAUGGAAGAUUUGCUCAUUUACAUUUCUGACACUUUUCUGUGGAUGUAAAUUACCCCAUUCUCUGCUUGAACACAGUAUUUUCCCAGUAGCACUUCCAUUGCCAGUGUCUUUCUUUGGUGCCUUUCCUGUUCAGCAUUCUCAGCCUUUGGCUGUAAAGAGAAACUUUGUGCUACAUGAGGACAAAGCUGCUAAAUCUCCUAUUUUUUUAAAAUCACUAACAUUAUAUUGCAAUGAGGGAAAGAUUUUAAAAAGUCUCUAUUUAAAUUCUUUUUUAAAUUUUGUUCUUAGGUUGGUGUGUUUACGGGAUGUCUUAUUUUUAGAUGGUUACACUGUUAGAACACUAUUUUCAGAACCUGAAUGUAAUUUGUGUAAUAAAGUGUUUUCAGAGCAUUAGCUGUCAAGAGUGUAUUUUGAAAUUUUUGCAUAUUUGCAGGGUUUUGUAUGCAACUUUUGUAGUAAUUACACAAACCAAAAAUACAGUGAAACUUAAUGUCUUCAACCAAAAGAAAUAUGUUGUAUAAAAUUUAGAAGAUAUUUUAUGUAGUAAAUAGAAAUUACAAACUAGCGUAAGAGUUUACAUACAUGUUGUAAAACCAGGCUCUCUUUUAAAAUUCAGAGAGGGUUUUUGCCUGUGUAUUAAUCAUAGGGUAAAUACUUUAAUAAAAGGUGAUCAUAGCUAA